ACAUGAUUUCUUGCAAUGUGCAGCAAUUCAAUUUCAUGUCCACAUCAACAAGCAAAAGGAUAUAUACUUCUUUCUUGAAAUAAUAUCCUUAAAUUUCUUCUAAACAGAGCCUUGAUUCUUGAAUUUUGUAGUUCAUAUACACAUUUAUAUGUAUCUAUAUAUAUAUAUAUAUAAAGCGAGAGGGUCCUUCAUCCAAUUACACCCUUAAUCAAGAAAGAUAUUCUCAUUUAGCUUGAUAAUGUAGGAGGCCACAUCAACAAGCAAAAGGAGAGAGAGGGAGAGGGAGAGGGUCCUUCAUCCAACACCCUUUAUCCAGAAAGAUUGUCUUUUUGGAAGAAUUAAUCAAUAAUUGGGGAAAAUAUGGCCCCAAGAUUGCUUCAUGGAACCAUUCAUGCAACCAUAUAUGAGGCUGAGAGAUUACAAGGUGGAUCCUUUCUUGACUUAUUUGGCAUGAAAAGCAACAAACCAAGAAGAACAAAGACAUUCUUCUCCCAACUCAAGAGGGCAAUCUUAUGUCGUCCCGAUGUCGUCGGGUCGAAAAUCUAUGCGACGAUCGACUUGGAACGAGCAAGAGUCGGGAGAACCCGAAUCCUCGAAAACGAGCCGUCAAACCCGCGAUGGUACGAGGAAUUCCACAUUUAUUGUGCCCAUGUCGUCUCCAACAUAAUCUUCACCGUCAAAGACGACAACACGAUCGGAGCAACCUUGAUCGGGCGAGCUAGGCUACCCGUCGAGGAGGUCCUUCGUGGAAGUCCCGUUGAUCGGUGGCUCGACAUCCUCGACGAGGACAUGAACCCGAUCCACGGAGGAUCGAAGAUCCACGUAAAAGUUCAGUACUUUCAUGUCUCCCAAAAUAGCAAUUGGUCGAAAGGAAUCAGGUCAUCGACCUUCGGAGGUGUCCCGUACACGUUCUUUCGACAGAGACCCGGCUGCCGGGUGUCGCUCUACCCGGACGCGCACGUCCCCGACGACAGCAUCACACGGUUUUUGAGCUCCCAGGGAUACUUUUCGCCGCAAAGAUGCUGGGAAGACCUGUUCGACGCUAUCAGCAACGCCAAACAUUUGAUAUACAUCGCGGGGUGGUCUGUUUACACGCAAAUCACGCUUGUCCGAGAUCCGACCAGGCCUAAGCCAGGCGGAGAUACAACGCUCGGAGAGCUUCUGAAGAAGAAAGCCGACGAGGGUGUCAAUGUGCUGAUGCUCGUGUGGGACGACCGGACAUCCGUCGUGGAGCUUAAAAAGGACGGCCUAAUGGCGACCCACGACCAAGAAACGAAGGCGUAUUUUUCAAACACGAAUGUACGUUGCGUCUUGUGCCCGCGUAACCCUGACGGCGGCUCGAGCAUUUUCCAGGGGGUCCAAGUGUCGGCGAUGUUCACACAUCAUCAGAAAACGGUGGUCGUCGACGGCGAAAUCCCCGGACAUCGGAACAGGGGGGUCGUAAGCUUUCUCGGCGGGAUUGAUCUUUGCGACGGAAGAUACGACACGAGGCAGCAUUCGCUUUUCGGGACUUUGAACACGGUUCAUCGUGACGACUUCCAUCAGCCAAACUUUCCAGGGGCUUCGAUCAAGAAAGGCGGGCCGAGGGAGCCGUGGCAUGAUAUCCAUUGUCGCCUCGAAGGGCCAGUGGCGUGGGAUGUCCUGUACAAUUUCGAACAAAGAUGGAAAAAACAGGUCGGGAAUCAGUACUUGUAUUCACUCGAUGAGCUUGAUAGGUUCCUCCUUCGCCCGACCGAAGUCACCACGCCGGCCGAUCCGGAGGCGUGGAAUGUCCAAAUCUUCCGGUCGAUCGAUGGCGGGGCAGCUUCCGGCUUCCCGGAAAAGCCAGAGGAAGCAGCCGAGUUCGGCCUAAUCAGCGGGAAGGACAACGUGAUAGAUCGAAGCAUUCAGGAUGCGUACAUCCACGCCAUUCGUCGAGCCAAAAACUUCAUAUACAUCGAGAACCAAUACUUCCUCGGAAGCUCAUUCGACUGGCGAAAAAAAAGAGACGACGUUAAAAUAGAGGAAAUCAAUGCAUUGCAUUUGAUACCUAAAGAACUUUCUCUAAAGAUCGUGAGCAAAAUUCAAGCCGGCGAGAGAUUUACCGUAUACGUCGUGAUCCCGAUGUGGCCCGAGGGCAUCCCGGAGAGUGGGUCGGUUCAGGCGAUCCUCGACUGGCAAAGGAGGACGAUGGAAAUGAUGUAUUCUGAUAUUUGUGGCGCGUUGAGAGCGAACGGGAUGGCGAAUACGGAUCCAAGAGAGUAUUUAACUUUUUUUUGUUUAGGUAAUCGGGAAAUGAAGGUGGUUGGAGAGUACACGCCGUUGGAGAAGCCGGAGCCGGAUUCGGAUUAUAGCCGAGCUCAGCAAUCCCGGCGGUUUAUGAUAUACGUACAUUCGAAGAUGAUGAUAGUGGAUGACGAAUACAUAAUCGUUGGAUCGGCCAACAUAAACCAGAGAUCGAUGGACGGGGGGCGCGACAGCGAGAUAGCAAUGGGGGGUUUCCAGCCGGGGCACCUCGAUAGGGAAGGGGAAGAGCCUGCCAGGGGACAAAUAUUUGGCCUAAGAAUGUCGUUGUGGUGCGAGCAUUUAUUGCGCGAGGAAGAAACGUUUCUUUGGCCGGGGAGCCUCGAAUGUGUCAAAACUAUCAAUAAACUUGCCGAAGAAAAUUGGAUGAUGUAUUGUAGUGAGAAAUUUGAUCAAGAUCUCCUUCUGGGGCACCUCUUGAGGUAUCCAAUCGAGAUCUCCGGCAACGGGGAGAUCGGUGCCAUUCCGGGAUUUGAAUUCUUCCCCGACACUAAGGCUCGAGUUCUUGGCACCAAAUCGGAGUAUCUUCCUCCUAUCCUCACAACUUGAGGGGAAGAAGUAAUUCGAUAUAUAUAUAUAUAUGUAUGUAUGUAUGCAUGCACAGAUAAUAUUCCAAUUAAUUGUGAUCAUUAGACCAUCCGUUACAGUUAGUGUGUUUGUUGCAUUACCUUUUUAAUCUCUUCUUUACUUCAUAUUCAUAUCAAAAUUCAAAUUACUUCUUUUAACA